ACUAGGACUGAGUCGGUGGGCGGGGCGCUGAGUCGCCCAGAGCAGUGCUUGGGGGGAAAAGGACUGAGAAUGGGUCGAUAUGUAAAUGUCGCAGCUCCUGGGCGUGGCUCCCGCACCCACGGUGCAGGCUGAACGCUCAUCUAUUCAAACCUCACUAGCGGGUUUGCAAAGCGUCUCGUACCCUGAGCCGUGAGUGAAGUGAGUGGGGCUCCUGGGAAAGUUGUAUUUUCUCCAGAGCAUCUGAAACAGACGGCUCGGCUUUUACCAGACCAUUUUGAUUUCUUUCUUUCUGUAAUAAAAUUAGCCUCGGCCAGCCAGCCAGCCAGCCAGGGAAUUGAUUGCCUGUGUUGUUUUCCAGAGAUUUUUUUUUUUUUUUUUCUGGCCAAAGCAGACGUGAGUGUGUCCUCGCCCUCUCACGGGGCCUGUUUACACUGCGUUUAUUUUCUACUGCCGGCUAUCAAGAGGGAAGAGGGAGGCCAUGUGGAAAGGUCAGCAGAUGAUAAAUGCUCACAGAUGAGAAUUUGAGUGAAGAACUGACAAGACUAGAUUUGGCUUCAGGCAAACAUUCCCAGAAUAAUUGACCAUCCAGAGACUGACUUUACAGGAAUGCUGCCCCUAAGUGUGGCCCUCCAGCAAGAAACUAACCCAAAAAGUUGCUGUUCCCACCCCAGGAAACAGGAAACCAUGAAAUCUUUGACUUCAGAAAGCUUAGAAGACCACCUCCUGAGCAAGGUGCACUCAAGAUGCCAGUGGGUUUCCAAGGUUGUGGAAGAGGUGCAGAAAAUUGUCCACCAUCUGACCACGGAGAUCAGCAACCAGGAUAUUAGGUUCCAAGCCAUCCCUUAUGGUGACUUCUACAAUGAGCACAUUAAGGUUUUGGCCCCUACCCAGUUCCUUGUCACAGUCCCCAUGAAAGGCCUGGCUGGGUACCGGGAGGUCAGGGAGCAGCGCUGGCGCUACUACAACCUGCAGGGCGUCAGGUUCUCCUGCCCCCUGCGGGACCCGGAGGGCCUGCAGCAGUGGCUAGAAGUGGAGCAGUUUGUAAAGAGCCUGUGGCAAUGGCAUGAGGCAGAUGUGAACAUUGAAGGAGACAUUGUGCCUGCCAAGCUCCUCCAGGUGUUCCAGAAACUGGUUGAAAAUGCAAUCAUAACCUGUCACCUCUCAGGUAAGGUUAGCAUGCUAGCCAACCGCUGCGCAGUUUCAGUUGCCAUGGAAACAUCCCUAUGCCAAGUGGAACUCCAGCUCACCCCCGCUGUGGAGAUCACUGGUGUGUGGCCCAAAAGAGCCCGAUGGCCUGCAUGUCUGAAGCGAUGGCCUUCGCCAGAGAAAGUGCAAUGCGUCAAGUCAUUUGGCUUCACCCUGCUGGCCUGCUCGAGUUACCACUGGCAGCUGAGUUUCCAUCGGGCGGAGAAGGUGCUGCUGCAACAGCUGGAUGAGGAUGGGGGCUGCCGUAGGGAGUGCCUGUGGGCCCUGAGGCAGAUGACAGAGGAUGUCUGGUGUCCAAAGAAGCAACCUGUUCUCACUGUUCAGCACCUGCAGACCGUGCUUCUCUGGACGUGUGAGAAGUACCCAGAUGCCAAGGACUGGCAGAACUUCAACAGAGCAUUCCAGCGCCUGGUGAGGAAGCUGCACAAGUGUGUAAGCCAGCACUUCCUCAAGCACUACUUUGUGCGCACCAGCAACCUCCUACAGAAUGUCAGUAUAUCCGAGCUGGACGCUGUGGCCCAGAGGCUGACCUGCUUCCUGAAGAACCCCCAUAUCAGCCUUCCCUGAGGCUGCUCCUACCUCCUCACUCUCAGACACUUCACACUUGAGCAGUCCUUCCCUGUGGAAUGUCCCAGUGAGAUGCUAAGACUCUGCUCUGGGAAGAAGCCAUGUGUGGCAGAGGAAGUGGCAUCUACCCAAGGGCAUGAAGAGGGAGAACCUGUGCCUAGAGAGGCCUGGACCAGGCCUCCCUCUAGCCAAGCAGGCAUUUCUGCCUCUCUAGCUUCCUUUCUUGGGUAUAGUUCUCCACCAGUUCCUCCAAGCUCCAGAGUCUGAAGUGAUGACAGUUCUGGAUUUAUCUUCCCCUUGCUCAGGAUCUGGUUGUCAGGAUGUAAUCAAGACCUCCCAGAAGGCUAGACAGCAUCCUGAUACCCAUCAGGGGGCUCUGCAGCCCAAGAGCCUUGAGCUCUUCUUCCAUGUCUAAAGUGGGGCAAGCGGGACUGUGCAUCCAGGCUGCUGCCCUUUAAAGGGGGACCUCUGGGGAUCUGCAUGAGUUGCUUAUUGCUCUUGUGGCUGGUGUUUGCCUUCCGGGUCAUUAGCUGCACCACUUAGGAAAUAAUGACAUAUGAUACAUGUGGUGGGCUAGCAGUCUUGCAUAGUGCUCCCUCCCCACUCCCCCUGUUGUCCUACAGUUGCCCCAAAUAGUGCCUCAUGGCAUUGGCUCUGUCUGCUUCCCUGGUAUCUUUCAAGUAAAGAGAGAGUGUUCUUGAUGGAGGAGUGUAAGUCACACAUCGAAGGGCAGCUCUCUCUGCCCUGCUGAGCCCAGCCACUGCUUUCCCUUUCCCCCUUGUGUCAUGGGUCAAGGAUGGGACUUCCUUAUACUUAAGGAAUGAAAUCGGUGCUGUGAUUUUUUAGGGAGAAACAUUGGUGUCACUCACCUCUUAGUGCCUGCCUUUGCUCAUGUCACUAAGACAUUUAUUUGCAGAGACAGCAGAGAACAAGGUGGACAAGGACUUGAUGAAUGACACCUGACAACAAAGACAGGAAAUGAGUAACAGAUCAUUGCAAUCAUUCCAGACAGUGGCAAGUGCCCUUGAAGGAACUAAACAGGGUAUUACACUAGAGCCACAGAAAGAACUGGAAAGAUGACCAUGUCAGCAGCUAAGAGGAAGGAAGUGGGGUAGGGGGUGCAUGCAGAGGGACUGGUAGGAGUCAGAUCACCUGCUAUAGGGGAGCUAGGGAGGAAAUCAUAUGUUAUUCUUAAAUCAAAGUUCUGUCAUUGGACCACAUCCGAAGAAGAAGAGUGACAUAAUCAGACUUGCCUUUUCAAUGCAUGAUCAGCACAAUUAGCAAUUGCAUUAAGAGGGGUUGGGGCCCACAUAAAGGUCAGAGUCCUGGAAAGCCUGGAAGUCCAUUCAUUUUGAGUGCCAUGGCGGUCCCCACAGCCACAUGACCCAUGUAGCACAGCUCUCUGGAAUUCUAGGAGUGCUUGUCAAGGUCAAUGGUUUCUUUAGGCAUUUACUUAAAGUCCAGGGCAUCCUUUACUACUUUGGAUGUUGGACUAUUUCCAGAAACUAUUUCUUUUUGCUUAAUUUUUUCCCCCUUAUCACUGGGGCUUCACUGUUCCAGGAUAACCUUUUUUUUUUUUUCCCUUCUUGGAAAGAGAGACUGAGGCAGACAGAGAUGGUGAAAGAGAUCAUAGCACCAAAUGUUCCUCCAAGGCUUGGUGGGCUGGCCUUGAACUUGGACUGCACACAUGUUAAAGCAGUGCACUAUCCAAGUGAAUUAGUUAUUUUGACAGCCCCAGUUUGAAAUGUUUUAAAGGAAGUUUAUGAGAACAGUCACGGUCAUAAAAAGCACAAAAUACUGAUUUUAUUCACUAAAAAGUCACUUGAAAAUGGAAAUUAACUUUUAGAACAUGACUGUCACUGAGUUUGGUAUGUUUGGGCUCUUGCAUAGAAAAUCAUGGCUUAAAUUAUUAAAAUUUUUUCCUGCUGCAUAUGUGUAUACAUUUUGAAUAUAUUAAAUGAUGUGCAGAUCUGUGGUUUGCUCAAUCAUUAAAACUUUUUCAUUCAAAUUUUCAUAUUUGUGCCUUAGGAAACAUUACUUGGGAGAAGGUGGCAGAUAUAGCAGAAUAUAGCACUAUAAUAAAUAGUGCUUUACAAAAUCACCAGAUUUCAGAGGAAUAAUUUCCACAUCAGACAUGAUAUGUCUAAGUCCCACACCAUCUCCACCCAUUCCCCACCCCUUGAUGACCUUGAAGAUAAUGCAGAUUAAAAAAAAAUAGAAGCAGCUUAAACAAGGUUUAAAACAUCUCUGCACUCAGAAUGCCAAACAUAUAAGUUGGUAGUUCCAGUGAUUUGAAACACAUAUGUAUAUGCAUGUGGAGACAGGUGGUAGUGACAUUCUCCACAAUCUGCUUCCAGUAGAUUCUCCCCACCUUUCCUGUAGGCAGAGCUCUGCUUUGGAGUAGGGCUACCUGCAAAUCCCUAAGUAGUUCCACUACUGACCAGAAGAGGGAAGUAGGGGACCACAUAUGAACUCAGCCAGAUCGCAACCCAUAGCCCUCCUCAGAGUCCAGCAGUGCCAUUCUCCUCAGCCUGCCACUUAUAUCUGCCUUCUCAAACAGACAAACAAACAUGAAAGGAGCUGAGGACAAUGGAUCCUAGUUUCUGUUAACCUUUUCAGAAAUAGUACUUUUGCUUAAGUAAGGUUCAGAUCCUUAUAGGGAGUCUGGGAGGAGUCAGUCCAACCAUUUCAUUUCCUAGAAUUUGCCCUUUUGCCUUCCUUCUGGUCAAUUUUUUUUUUCUAAAAUCUCCCAGAGGUCACCUGAAAGAACUACUGGUAGAGGUGAAGUGGCUGGGGCACUACCACUACAGUUGACGUACUCACAUCUUUAUCCCAGCACGGAAUCACAUGCUCUUGACAAGUCCAUUUUUUUCUUUUUACCAGAGCACUGCCCAGCUCUGGCUUAUGGUGGUGCUGGAGAUUAAACCUGAGAGUUUGGAGCCUUUUAGACAUAAAAGGUUUUUGCAUAACUAUUAUACUAUCUCUCUAGUUUCACACUUCUAAAAUCUGCUGUUUUUCUGUGGGCAUACUUCUGGGUUGAAUUGUCUUUCAAGUCACAUGAUGAAGUCCUAACCCAUAGUGCCUUCGGUGUGACUAUUUUGUAUGGGGUCAUUAAAGAGGUGACUGGAGUAAAAAUAAAUAAAUAGAGGAGACCCUUCAUGUGUAUCCAUAUGCAGCAGGAUUCAUGUAGAGAUACUGGGGAGUAUGCCAAGAAACAAGGCCAUCUCUGUACCAAUUCUGUUUUUCAGUCUGUGCCAUCUGCUAUUUUGUUAAUAACAACUCUGGGACACUAAUGAAGGCAGCAUGAGAGAAUACACACACCUUGUGGCUCUGAUGAGGGAAACCCAUGAUGUUAUGAAUGUACAAAACUUUUAGCUGUUUAAUGCUUUGUACAACAUCCAAAUUUUUCCCUUGUAUCUGAAACUCAAAUGUUAUGGGCUGUCAUAAUAGCUACCCAAGUUUGACUCAGCCCCCAUACCACUGAAGAAAGCUUCAGUGCUACAAACUCUUUCACUCUAUCUUUAAAAAAAAAAAAAAGAGCAUUUUCUUAUUCAGUGUGA